AUGUGAAAUUAUUAGGUCUUACGGAGCAAUACAAGGUAUGGGCGAGUCCCCAAUUAUUUGUUUUCGACAAUCAUUCUCAUGCAACUCUCCUUUCUGAACUUUUAACUGCGCGCAGAGGGAUCAUUUCUGAUCUGCUGCCCCAUCCUGCCCCCGUCUCCUUGCUCCUCUCUUUCCAUUCAUCUCACAGUUUGAGCCCGUCAGAUUGUUCAAGUUUGUUCUCUGAGAACGAAAGGCCCCAGAGGCAUCCCUCUGGUCGAGCUACCUUGCAGCGUCUGCCCCUGGCUUCAGAAAGAAAUGGAGAGGUCUGAUCAAUCUUCUCCAAAUCCAUCAUUUCUCUUACCACCGCUGCCUCGAGACGCGCGUGGCUCGCUCGAGGUCUUCAACCCGUCAACCUACUCUUCCAGACCCACCAACCCAGCCUUCUCCUCCCCACCCACGCGGCAAAGCUGGGUAGACCCACAUGGCAGCCCUGAACCCGUCCCGCCCAAGCUCUCCGACGCGCCUGGGAGGACCGGCGAGGUCGCCUCAUGGAUGGCCAUCAAGGGCACCACUUCACCGCCGGAGGCCCUCAAGACUAUCACCGCAGCUGCCGGCCACAAAGGUCUCGACGGCGGGCAAAUAUCUCCUGCACAGCCUUCAAAAUUGCCCGGCGAAGUGGGGGAGGCAGCCCAGAGAGCGGCAGAAUGGGGGCUGGUGCUAAAGACGGACACCGAGACAGGGAAGCCGCAAGGGGUGGCGGUGAGGACUUCCGGCGGUGACGAGACGAACAAACCGCCGGGAUCCUCCGCCAGGCUCUCAGGGAACUCGCUUCGGAGCUCUGGCGAAUUGUCCGACGACGGAACGGGGAAGGGGAAAGGGUUGAGAGUGUCGGAGGACGUAAAGGAGGCAUUGUCCACGUUUCAACAGACGUUCGUGGUGUCGGACGCGACCAAACCCGAUUACCCGAUACUUUAUGCGAGCGCCGGGUUUUUCAAGAUGACGGGUUACACUUCGAAAGAGGUCAUAGGGAGGAAUUGCCGGUUUCUACAAGGGGCUGGAACAGACCCGAAAGAUGUGGCGCAGAUAAGGGAAUCGUUAGGGGCGGGGAAGAGUUACUGUGGGAGGUUGCUGAAUUACAAGAAGGACGGGACGCCAUUUUGGAACCUUCUCACAAUUGCACCAAUCAAGGAUGACGAUGGAAAUGUUCUCAAAUUUAUUGGAAUGCAAGUGGAAGUGAGCAAGCACACGGAGGGGGCGAAGGAUAAGAUGGUCCGGCCCAAUGGGCAGCCGGAGUCACUCAUUCGAUACGAUGCUCGUCAGAAGGAGAUGGCUGCUAGCUCUGUAUCUGAGCUUGUGCAGGCAGUAAACAAACCCCGGUCGCUCAGUGAGUCAACAAAUCGUCCCUUCUUAAGGAAAUCAGAAGAAGGUAGGGAACAAGAGAGACCAGAAGCUCUAACAAGGCGAAAAUCAGAGAACAUGGCUCCUCCUGGACCGAAGUCAUAUGGGAACAAUGCUAGAAUUGCAAUGCAGCGCAUCAGUGAGUUGCCUGAAAAGAAACAGAGAAAACCUGGCCGCCGCUCUUUAAUGGGGCUUAUAAGGAAGAAUCAAUCCAAUAUUGAAAAGGAAAACUUUGAUCAUGGAGUUGUUUUAGAUGAUGAUGGGAGUGAUGAUGAGAUGCCUGACAGUGUCGAUGACAAAGUAAGGCAGAAGGAAAUGAGAAAGGGUAUUGACCUUGCUACCACGCUUGAACGUAUAGAGAAAAACUUUGUCAUUACUGAUCCAAGGCUUCCUGAUAAUCCCAUUAUUUUUGCAUCUGAUAGCUUCUUGGAGCUUACAGAAUACAGCCGAGAGGAGAUCUUGGGAAGAAACUGCAGGUUUCUCCAAGGUCCUGAAACUGAUCCUGCAACAGUGAGAAAAAUACGGGACGCAAUUGAUAAUCAAACAGAUGUCACUGUACAGCUUAUAAAUUACACAAAAAGUGGUAAAAAAUUUUGGAAUCUAUUUCAUCUGCAGCCUAUGCGUGAUCAAAAGGGAGAUGUGCAGUAUUUUAUUGGGGUACAACUAGAUGGUAGUGAGCAUGUUGAGCCACUUCAAAACUGUAUUCCAGAGUCUGCUGCAAAUGAAAGCUCAAAAUUGGUGAAAAAAACAGCAGAGAAUGUUGAUGAAGCAGUCAGAGAACUUCCUGAUGCUAAUUUGAAACCAGAGGAUCUGUGGAUUAAUCAUUCAAAGGUGGUUCUUCCAAAGCCGCAUAGGAAGGACAACCCUUCAUGGAGAGCCAUCCAAAAGAUUCAAGAUAGUGGAGAACAAAUAGGUCUAAAACAUUUUAGGCCAGUAAAGCCUUUGGGAUUUGGUGACACUGGCAGUGUGCAUUUAGUUGAACUGUGUGGAACUGGAGAGUAUUUCGCCAUGAAAACGAUGGAUAAGAGUGUUAUGCUCAACCGCAACAAGGUGCAUAGAGUUUGUGCAGAAAGAGAAAUACUUGACAUGUUGGACCACCCUUUCCUUCCUGCAUUGUAUGCUUCAUUUCAGACCAGAACGCAUAUUUGUCUAAUAACUGAUUACUGCCCUGGUGGAGAGUUGUUCUUGCUUUUGGACAAACAACCCAUGAAGGUCCUCAAGGAAGAUGCUGUAAGGUUCUAUGCUGCAGAGGUAGUUGUUGCUUUGGAGUACCUUCACUGUCAAGGCAUAAUUUACAGGGAUUUAAAGCCGGAAAAUAUUUUGCUCCAGAGAAGUGGGCAUGUGUCCUUGACGGAUUUUGAUUUAUCAUGUUUGACACCUUGCAAACCACAGCUUUUGAUUCUGAACAUAAAUGAAAAGAAGAAGUCACAGAAAGGUCAACUGUCACCAAUAUUUAUGGCUGAACCUAUGCGAGCAUCCAACUCUUUUGUUGGGACUGAAGAGUAUAUAGCUCCGGAAAUUAUUACUGGGGCAGGCCAUUCUAGUGCAGUGGACUGGUGGGCUCUUGGCAUUCUCCUGUAUGAAAUGCUUUAUGGAUAUACACCAUUUAGGGGAAAGACGAGGCAAAAGACAUUUGCCAAUAUUCUACAUAAGGAUCUUAAAUUCCCAGGAAACAGACCAGUAAGUCUCCAUGCAAAACAGUUGAUGUACCAGUUGUUGCAUAGAGAUCCCAAAAAUAGAUUGUGUGCACGGGAAGGGGCAAAUGAAGUUAAGCAACAUCCAUUCUUCCGGGGUAUCAAUUGGGCUCUGGUGCGCUGCAUGAACCCCCCUCAGCUUGAUGCUCCUCUCUUCGGAACGACUGAAGCCAAAAAAGAAGUUGAAGUGGUGGAUCCUGAACUAAUGGAUCUACAAAGAAAUGUUUUUUAAGACGUCUGUCCUACUAUUUUUCUCUUUGAGUGGGUGGAUGAGAUCACAUCAAUUUCAUGUGUCAGCUCUGAAAGAAGUCAUCUGCCAACCGAUGGGCACGUGCUAAUAAUUGACUACACUCCUCGUACGGUUUGUGGGUCUACAUGGUUUUGCUUGUCUCACCUUCAGCCUUCACCAUUUUCCAGCAAACCUGAGCCUUGAGAGACUCGAUGUUGCUUGCGUGUGAAAAUCAAGGCUGUUGUUUGUUCUUGUAUGUAAUGGCAUGCAUGGUUUGAUAUUCUGCAAUCUAUCCCUUCCAACCAAUAUGCAAAUGAAUGAUUCCAAUUAAUAUAGAGGAUUGUUAGAAAA